AUGCCCCUCGCCACGACCCUCGUGGCCCUGCUCGCCUGCGUGGCCGGCGUGCUCGGCCACCCCAGCUCCGAGGAGGACAAGAAGGCCUACCUCGAGACCCGGAGCCGUGUCAUCGCCCACACGAGGCGUUCGCUUGAGCGCUGCGCCGACUCGCCCGAGGCGCGCGCCCUGGAGGAGCGCGCCGUGGCCCGCCGCAUUGCCAAGGCGGAGGAGCUGCGCGCAAAGUAUGGCCUCAACAAGGACAAGCGAGAUAGGCAGUGGUUCCAGCACUACAACGGGCUCUCGCACGACAUGUCGUACAAGGGCUACAACCUCAACACGCCCGCCAAGACGCUCUUCUCGUCCAACACGACGUGCGCCCUGGUGCCCGAGACCAUCAUCGGCCCCUACUACGUCGAGGGCGAGCUCAUCCGCUCCGACAUCACCGACGGCCAGAAGGGCGUGCGCGCCCACGUCGACUACCAGUUCAUCAACAUCCGCACCUGCAAGCCCAUGCCCGACCUGCUCAUCGACAUCUGGCACUGCAACGCCCUGGGCGUCUACUCGGGCGUCUCGGCCCCCGGCCAGGGCGGCCUCGACACCACCUAUGGUCGCGGCGUGCAAAAGACCGACGCCGACGGUGUCGUGCAGUUCGACACCAUCUUCCCGGGCCACUACGAAGGCCGCGCCACCCACAUCCACGUCAUGUCCACUGACCAUGCCCGCGUCUUGCCCAAUGGCACUUUUGAGGGCGGCACCGUCCGCCACAUCGGCCAGACCUACUUCGACGAGUCCGUCAUCAAGGCGGUCGAGGCCACCGAGCCGUACCGUCGCAACCCGGCGCGCCGCACCACCAACCUCCAAGACUUCUUCGCCGGCGACCAGGCAACGCCUCAGUAUGACCCCCUUGUCAAGCACGUCUACCUGGGCAAGAAGCCCCAAGACGGGCUGCUGCUUUUCCUCUCCAUCGGCCUCGAUCCUGAUGCCGAUUACAACGAGUGCCGCACGCCCGCAGCCCACUGGCACCCCGGCGGCGGUGAGGACUUGCCCGACCCUCAGUUUUGCAAUAUGUGA